AUGGGGGGAGUCGCUUUUUUCGCUGUGCCCACACCUCUGUUGGCCGCGGCAUCCCUUGUGCUCGGUGUAGCAAUAGGUGCCACGGCUGCCCUUACGUACAUCAAUAGGACCAACAGGAGGGAGUUCUCACCGCGGCGCCGGUCUUUACGGCAUGCGGGGUUCGCAUCUUUUUUUUCCAAUGAUGAUGGGAAGGAUGGCGCCGCGUCAUCCAGUAAAAGGCAUUUGCAGCAGGAGGAAAUUAUUGGCGGGCAGAAGCGGCGAGUUUCGCGGCGCUUGAAUUCAGGGGUCGAUUUACAUCCCGGUUUGUUUUCGAUGAAGUCGUAUGCAGCACAGAGGAUAGGUCAAAACUCUCGCAGCAGCUCCAUUAGUUUAAUUCUGAAGUCAUGCUUAGGCGCGGAAAGUCUGGGCACUGAGUCGCAGGAGGAUCGAGAUGAAGGUGACGCGGAGGAGAGGAAAGAGGAGAACGACUCCGAAUUUCCCAUUUCCGCGGUCGGGUCGGAGGAGGAAGGCACGAGAGCGUUUCUACCGAGUACUAAGGGCUCUGGGAAGAAGAAGGGAGGAAAUGUACAAAAUGUGUUUUUUACCUCAGGCGAAGCGGAAUUUAGCAGCCUCAGCACAUUGGAGGGCCUUUUCUCUGAGGACGACGCGUCAUCGCAGGACAACAACGAGGAAGAAGGGCAGCAGGAAGAACAGCACAGUAAUAAUCCCAAACAAAAUGAAGAUGCAUGCACGACGAAGCAGGAGGAGACCGCAACAGGGUGUCUUGGACGUUCAGGUCGAUCUUACUCGGUGAACUGUAUUUUGGAUAGGACAGCCUUCAGCGGUCUGGAUUUUCCCGGUGGAAGUAAGCGUCUUGGCGCAUCACAGAAUGACGCCGUUUUCUCUAAACGCCAUUUUUAUCAUACCCACAGCGGUGCGAUCAUCACACGACUGCCCUCUGUGGCAGCGGUUCGAUGUCGUUCAAUAUUGCAGCUUCUGCAUCCACCAUCUUCAACCCACAAGGAUGAAAGUACCGAGGAGGAUGGCAACCUGUCGCAGUUGACACAGUCCAUUCGCUCCACCAGGAGCCUUAUGGAUGAUCCCAUCUAUCGUGUAGUUAUCACUGGCGGGCCAUGCAGCGGGAAGACAUCAUGUUUAUCAUACCUUCGUCGGGUGUUUGAGAAACUUAACUUUAAUGUAUUCUGUGUACCCGAAGUUGCAACCCUGUUGCAUAGUGGGGGCGUUAAUUUAAUACUUAGUACCAGCGAGGAGCGUAUCACACAACAGCGCGUUAUUCUUCAGAUGAUGAUGAUGUUGGAGGAUGCCUUUUACGAGUUGGCAUCGAUGCGCUCUCGACCAUCUUUGAUUCUCUAUGAUCGUGGCACAAUGGACGGUAGUGCCUAUUGCUCGGACGAGGAGUGGGACGCCAUUCUUAAGAUAACGGGGUAUACGAAUGAGGAGUUAAGCGAUGCACGGUAUGAUGCAGUUGUCCAUUUGGUAACGGCAGCCAUUGGUGCCGAGCAGUUUUACACGAUUGAAAAUAACGCUGCUCGUUCCGAGGGACUGGAGGAUGCACGACGCCUGGAUGCCAUGACUCUAAAUGCAUGGCGUGGUCACUACCUCGUCUCUGUGGUGCAUAACGAGGACACGGAUUUUGAGAAGAAAAUGUUACGCGUGGCGGAAUUUAUCGGUUUUGUGACGGGUGUUUCAACGCUGGAAGAAAAUGCAACAGAGUCCGUGGUCCCCAAGAAAACUGCUAGGUCUGCCGGGGAAACCACAAUCACAACAGCGACGCCGGAAGCCCUAUCAUCCGCAGCCCAGACGACAAAAUCGCCAUCAUUAACAACACCUUUUUUCCUUCAGCAGCUCACAACAGUGUUGUCUCCACACGACCAAAAAGGGGGAGAUGAGAGGGAUGGGGAGGAUGAAGUUGCACACAUGGCCUUUUUGGCGACAGGAACACGUGCCUUUGCAAACAGCGCAUCCAUGGCAACAGUCUCCGCACAUUCAUUGUGCAAUAACAAUACUAAUAAUAAUACUAAUGAUAAUUCCAUAUGUUCACCGCUCACACCGCCUGAUUUUGUUACGCAAUGCGGCGGUGGGGAACUGGGGCGCACAUCGGCGCCCUCUUCACCGAGUCUUGCAUUUGCCAUGGACAUGCAUGCCGAACGUGGCGGCUUACAGCGCCAUUUUUUUGUGAAUCGUGUUGAUCUUGCACAAAUUCCCGCGGAUGCUGUGGUGGCAAAUGUUGUCACCAUAACAUUGGUUCCAUUACGAGCGAAUUACCGCACCGAGGUGAUUAUUCGCCUU